AAUGCGCCUCUCUGCUAUCCACAGAAUGGACGCGCUGCGCUUUGGACUCACGCUUGUUCGACAACCGCUGAAAAGAUCAUGCAGCAAAACCGUAGUUGUCUGGGUCUACGAAUGGUGUGUGACCCUUUGCUUAAAGAAAAAAGUUUUGGGAUUGCUGAGGGCGGACGGGUGGUGGACUUUAAAGAAAUGGCCAGGGCAGCUGGGCAGUCCUUCCCAGACUUCACCCCUCCAGAGGGGGAGACUCAGCAGCAGGUGAAGGAGCGGGUCCAAAAGUUCAUGGAGAAAAUGGUAUACCAGAUUGGCACCGAACACUGGCCUAAUGGAGGGCAGAAUGCCGCCUCCGCAGCUGCCUCGCCAGAGUCGCCUUCUGCUGCGGGGGAAGCUGAUGAUGGAGUCAGGAGCAUACCUAUCCAUGCUUUAGUUGUCACCCAUGGAGCUGACAUGCGUGUGGCGGUCCGUUACUUUGUCGAGGAGAUGUUCUGCAGCUUACCUCCAAGUUGUAACGAGCAGCUUAUGUUCUCUUUGAGCCCUAACACUGGGAUCUGCAGGUUCACACUCAGCAUUGCAAAGGAGGGCAGCAGGUUUAUAGUUUUGGGAAUGCAGUGUUUUUUUAUUCACAGGACUGACCAUAUUAAGCAGUAGGAGAAAGAAAACAGGGGGAAACAAAAUUACAACUCAAUCAUCCAAUUCUAAUAUCAGUCAAAAAUAGCCAAAGGGAAAUAUAAAGAGCAUUGAUUAAUUCAUCCAAACAAACCUGGUUUUAUGUGGGAAUAAAAAACAAUGACUGUG